AUGCCAUACAUUGCUCAUCCCUCUCUGCAAGCCGGUACUAACAAUGUACUCCGAACCAAAGUUGCCUGUACCAUUGGCCCUGCAUCAAGAUCAAAAGAGGUUUUGUCAGCCCUUGUCAAUAGCGGCAUGAGCAUCGCUCGUAUUAAUAUGAGCCAUUCCACAUAUGAUAAUGCUGCACAAAUCAUCCGUAAUCUGCGCGAGUACACUGAUGCUUCCAAGGACCAUCCAGAAGUUGGCAUAUGGGUAGACAUCAAUGGACCAAAAGUCAGAACUGGAAAACUUGUCGAUGGUAAACCUGUCCACUUGAAGAAAGGAGACAGUUUUUUGUUUGUAAAUGAUAGCAGUGUCAUUGGAGAUCAUACCCAGGUAUCGACAAACUACACCCGCGAGCUUCUUCAGGUUGGAGAUAAAGUUUUUGUCGACGAUGGCUUGCUGUCAUUCACCGUGACUGAGCGUUUGGAAAAUGCCGUCAAGGCAGUCGUGGACAACAAUGGCAUUCUUGGCGAAAACAAGGGAGUUAAUUUUCCUGAUCGGAGAAUUGACGAUCUCCCUGCCAUCUGUGAAAAGGACAAAAAAGAUAUUUUGUUUGCCAUGCAACAAAACGUGGAUUUCAUUUCUAUUUCAUGUAUUCGUGACAUUGAGGAUGUCGAAGAAGUCAGCAGAAUGAUCCUUGGUAACUCGCAUACUAAGAUGCUUGCCAAGAUUGAAAACAAACGUGCUAUGAAUAAUUUUGAGUCGAUUCUGAAUGUUGCCGAUGGUAUUGUCAUUGAUCGUGGAUACCUUGGUGCCGAAGUGGAUGUGGAUGUUAUUUGUGUUGCUCAGAAAAAGAUGGUUGCUUUGGCAAACACAGCAGGAAAGCCUAUUCUCAUAGCAAAUCAAAUGCUUGAAUCCAUGGUGUCAAAUCCCUAUCCAACGAGGUCCGAGGCUUCUGAUGUUACCAAUGCUGUUAUGGAUGGUGUUGAUGGACUGGUUCUUUCUGGAGAGACUGCCAUUGGCGAGUAUGUGAUUGAGACCGUCGCCACCAUGCGUAAAAUUAUUUAUCAAGCCGAGCUCAACACCAACUAUCUCGAGUAUCAAAUGAAGGCCAUGCGCAGCGUGACGAAACCCAUUCAUAUUAACGAGUCCAUUGCAUCUUCUGCUGUUUUGUGUGCGCGUCAAGUUGGUGCAGCUAUUAUUAUGGUGCUAACCGAAGCUGGUGGUACUGCUCGUCUUGUUGCAAAAUACCGACCUUUGAUUCCUGUCAUUGCUGCCACGACAGUGCGAAAAACUGCUCGUCAGAUGUCUGCCAAUUUCGGACUUGUUCCUUAUUAUCAUAGUACUGGACCUGAGACCGCCAUUAGGGACACACUGCUAUAUGCCAAGGAUAUUGGUCUGUGUAAAGCAGGGGAUAUUGCAGUGAUUACUUCUGGUCAAGUUGUGGGUUUUUUGGAAGGCACGACCACCAAGAUGCAGCUGGUAGUUGUUCCUGACUCGUAG